ACUCUUUGCAGACCUCCAACCAGAUUAUAGUUGUCAGUCAGACUUUCAUGAUUAUAGCCUCCUUUCUACGUGAAGGAAUAGAAUAAACUCGUCUCUCUGCAACUUUUACCACUUCUUUUUCCUAGUAGAAUGUAUUUUUUUCCCCAUUCAGUGUCUUCCCGUCAGAUCCCAAGUUACUGAGAACUUUCCUUGCAUUUUUCAGCAAUUUUCCUGACCUAAUAAGACCCACCUUCCAAAAUGCAAAGCCUGAGAUGUAUUUUCAAUAUCUGGCUGAUAUUUACAUUCUUCUUUAUGUUGUCGGAGUCGCUACCUCAAACAACCUCACAAACCGCAGUUUGCUCAGUAGCAGAUAGAGCUGCUCUUCUCAGCUUCAAAGCCAGAAUCGUGAAGGACACCACCGAUUUUCUCUCUUCCUGGACGGGAAACGAUUGCUGUGACGGAGGCUGGGAGGGCGUGCAGUGUAAUCUGGCUACAGGGAGGGUUACUGGAUUGAUACUGCAAAGACCGGAUAGGGACAGUAGCAGUUACAUGAAGGGCACUCUCUCCCCUUCUCUGGGCAGUUUGCGCUUCUUGGAGGUAAUGUCUAUAACUGGGAUGCAACAUAUUAGAGGUCCGAUUCCUGAGAGCUUCUCAAAUCUAGCCCACCUCACCCAGUUGGUCCUAGAAGACAAUUACCUUGAAGGGAACAUUCCUUCAGGUUUGGGCCGUUUGUCCGUACUCCAGACCCUCUCACUUAGUGGGAACCAUUUGAGGGGGCAGAUUCCUCCAAGCCUAGGGAAUCUCAGGAAUCUUCAAUAUAUAAAUUUAGCAAGAAAUUUUCUAAGUGGUCCAAUCCCAGCCAAUUUCAAAAAUUUCCAUUCUCUGCAGUCCUUGGACCUUGGCUUCAAUUUGUUGUCUGGGCUAAUCCCAGAUUUUGUUGGGCAAUUCCUGAACCUUACCUUUCUCGACCUCUCCAAUAACCAAUUAUCAGGGCAGCUACCCAUUUCCUUGUUCAACUUGAACAAUCUAUUGGACUUGUCCUUGAGCAAUAACCAACUCACAGGAAAAAUCCCAGACCAGAUAGGGGAGCUUAAAUCCCUUUCUAGCCUUUCAUUGAAUGCUAAUCGGUUUACGGGUCAUAUUCCAAUAACCAUUUCAAGAUUACAGAACCUUUGGAACCUUAAUUUAUCACGAAAUGUACUCUCAGAUCCUUUGCCAGAAUCCUUUGGUAGGGGCAUUCCUUCUUUGUUGUCGAUAGACCUGUCCUACAACAAUCUCAGUUUAGGAGCAGUUCCUGAUUGGAUCAGAAGCAGACAACUUUCAGCUGUCCAUCUAGCCGGAUGUAAACUGAGAGGAGCCCUUCCACGCUUUACAAAACCUGAUUCCCUGAGCUCUGUAGACCUAUCCGAUAACUAUUUUACAGAUGGCCUUUCUAAUUUCUUUGCAAAUAUGUCCAAUUUGCAAAAAGUCAAGCUCUCAGCCAACCAAUUGAGUUCAGAUCUUUCAGAAAUAAGAUUUCCCAGUGGGCUCUCUUCUAUCGAUCUUCACUCAAAUCAGCUUACUGGCUCUCUCUCAAGGAUCUUGAAUAACAAAACGAGCCACUUUUUGGAGGUUAUAGAUGUAUCUGGCAAUCACAUUAGUGGAAUGCUUCCUGAAUUUAGUGGAGGCUUGAACUUAAAAGUGCUCAAUGUAGCAAGCAACAUGAUUGCAAGCCACAUCCCCAGUUCAAUUUCAAACCUGAUUGAACUUGAAAGGUUAGAUGUUUCGAGGAACCACAUUAACGGCACCAUCCCUACAAGUUUAGGCCUAUUGCUGAAACUUCAAUGGCUUGAUCUGUCCAUAAAUGGGCUCACAGGAAAAAUCCCAAGUAGCUUGCUGGGGAUCGAAGGUCUAAGACAUGCAAACUUCAGAGCAAACAGACUCUGUGGAGAGAUACCACAAGGGAGGCCGUAUAAUAUCUUCCCGGCUGCUGCCUACGCCUACAAUCUGUGCUUGUGUGGCAAACCCCUGCCACCUUGUAGGAAAUGGAAACAAGGGAAAAUGGGCCAGUAAGAUGCUGACUCCAUUCUCCAAUGGGAUAUGCUCACGACAUGAGAGCAUUAUCAUACAGGAGAGAAGAGGGAAUAGGUUCGGCUUUCUGCACCAGUUGGUCUAUUAUUCUAGCAUUCAUCUUCUUACAGCUUAUUGUCAGUUCCACUUAGUAGAAAUAAUAAUUUAUUACUACUUUCUACUCCUUGCCCAAAAAUAGAGAACUCCAAAGCAAUACCACUAAUAAGUGCAAGCGCAUCCAUCCCAAAGAAUCUGUGCUUCAGAAGCAUUGAUGCAAAACAAAUCAAUGUGAAUCAUAACCAAGAUAAGCUCCAAGAAUGUCACAACAAUUGAUAUUUAGCUCAACAUAAUCAGCCAAUAGAGAAAUCUUAAGGAAAAGGAGGAGGAGGAGGAAGAAGAAGAAGAAGAAGAAGAAGAAGAAACAGCCACCCAGGACUACCAUAAUACGAUAUAUCAAGGAAAUGAGUUAAGCCACAUGCUUGGCAAGUUAACCAACAAGUGUAACAUUCUAAGAUGAAAUAUAUAUGUCAUAUGAUACCCCAAACCAACCAAAAAUAUAACCCUUAAGAAAACCCUUAAAAUCUACCCUCGAAACUACUAGACUAAACCAAAUCCAAAUUUACAGGAGACAAGAACUAAUCAUCAGACAUGAAAAUUCAACAUGCAAUCUGUCCUGCUCUCCAUCAGAUGCUCCUUCCCAGAACCUCAUCAGUCAUCAACCUCCAAAGGUAAGAAAAGGAAGCCGCUUAUUCAGAAUGAAACCAAUAUAAAUAGCCUAAAUGACCAAAACCAGAAACUACACACUAGGAAAAAAAUAUCAUAGUUCAAGUAAAAUGAGCUCAGAAUCAAAAGUAUUAACUUUGCAAUAUCUAAAACUGAUGGCCUACAUCUUCAUCUUCAGCAUCGUAACUCUCCAAGAGGCCCGGUCAUACUCAGCCUUAAGCUCGGAAGCUUUAUUCUGGUAAACCUUGUUUUCAUAGAAUUUGGUAUUCAACUUUGAAGGAACCAAAAUAAUUGAAAACUCACCUCGUCAGUCAAGGAUUUCCACUUCUCAACACCAUCAAUUGCAA